GCGGACGGGAGGGGGAACGGGACGAUUUGGACAUGCUCAUUCUAAGGCGCUGGGUUGCCUGCAUCCAGCUCGUCUGUAUCAUCCGAGCGGAUUUGGUAUACGGAUACUACAGACAGCAGCGGAAGUUGACUGAAGAAGUUGAUUGGUCAUAUACAGGAACUCUGAACCAAACGGACUGGGGAAAAAAAUAUUCAGCUUGCAAUGGUGCCAAACAAUCUCCUAUUAAUAUAGAUGAAGACCUUACCCAAGUGAAUGUGAAUCUAAAGAAACUUAAAUUCCAUGGGUGGGAAAAGGAAACUGGAGAAGAUACUUUCAUUCGCAACAAUGGCAAAACAGUGGAGAUUAACCUGACAAAUGAUUACUAUGUAAGUGGAGGUGGCUUAGAUACUGUAUUCAAAGCAAGCAAGAUCGUUUUUCACUGGGGAAAAUGCAAUGCGUCAUCGGAUGGAUCAGAACAUAGCUUGGAAGGACAAAAAUUUCCUCUUGAGAUGCAAAUCUACUGCUAUGAUGGAGAUCUAUUUACAGACUUCGAAGAGGCAAUUAAAGGAAAUGGAAAGUUAAGAGCUUUAUCAAUUUUGUUUGAGAUUGGAGUAGAAGAUAAUCCGGAUUAUAUUCCAAUCAUUAAUGGAGUAGAUAGUGUUAGUCGUUUUGGAAAACAGGCUGCCUUAGAACCAUUUGUUUUGCUGAACCUUUUACCGAAUGCAACAGACAAAUAUUACACUUACAAUGGGUCUUUAUCAACUCCUCCCUGCUCAGAAACAGUUGAAUGGAUUGUGUUCAAAGAUACUAUUAGUAUUUCGGAGCACCAGUUAGCAGUGUUCUGUGAAGUCCUUACGAUGCAGCAGUCUGGCUAUGUGAUGCUGAUGGACUAUCUGCAGAACAACUUUCGAGAGCAGCGAUAUAAGUUUUCUGGGCAAGUGUUUUCCUCUUACACUGGACAAGAAGAAAUUCAUGAAGCAGUUUGCAGCUCAGAACCUGAAAAUGUCCAAUCUGAUCCAAAGAAUUAUACCAGUCUUCUGGUUACAUGGGAAAGACCUCGUGUUGUGUAUGAUACCAUGAUUGAGAAGUUUGCUGUCUUUUAUCAACAGUUGGAUGGAGAAGACCAGACUAAGCAUGAGUUUCUGACAGAUGGGUAUCAGGACUUGGGAGCUAUUCUAAAUAAUCUGCUGCCCAAUACAAGUUAUGUUCUUCAGAUAGUUGCUGUUUGCUCUAAUGGUCUGCAUGGAAAAUACAGUGACCAAGUCAUUGUUGAUAUGCCUUUAGAGGACCAAGAGACUGACCUCAUUCCUGAACUGAAUGAAACUGAAGAUUAUGAGGAUGAAGCUGAUGAAAAAGAAACAGAGAUGAAUGAAGAAACUGCAGUGAUUCCUAGCACUGACAGUGCAAUAAAACAAAUAAAGAGGAAAGAUUUCCGAGUGACUACAUCAAGCUACAGUCAAGAUAACACGGGGACAAAAUCUAAUGAAGCUAAAAUAAAUAGAUACUUAACAAGAGAAGAAUUGCCUGGUAAGGAUGAUGCUUUCAAAGCAGUUUAUUAUCCUACUUCUCCAUCUGUCAGUGAAACUUCUGAAGAAGAUACUUUUUUGGAAUCCCAAACAAUUACUGAAACUCCUCCUCAAUUCAUUGACUCCACCAAAGGCAUAGAAGAAGAAUACAUAUACCUUUCUUCAGGCACUGAACCAACCAGGAUAACCACUACAGGCCAUAGUGGUGAAGAUUUCUCAUUGUCUCCUUUUAAACCUGAUCAGGAAUCUGAUGACUUUUGGAGUUCAGUUCUCACCACUUCUUCAGCACAUCCAGUUACAGAGGAGACCUCCCAAGAAGAAAUCCUUCCUUCAGGAAGCCCAGAUAUAAGCAUGCAUGAUGUCCUUUACCAAGGCUCUGUUAAAUAUGUUUCAGAAGGUGCAUCACUCCCAAGCUCUGAUGAGCCUCUGAAGCAUAUGUCUUCCACUGAUGGGAAUGUGUGGUUUCGUAACACUACGGAGCUGACAACUCAGUCUGUUGGUACAUCGGAUAGCAGUCGUUUGUCUCAGACCAGUUACUCUGAGGCUUAUGUAGAGGGAUCAAAGCCAGCUACAGUGCCCUAUUCCGGCAGCCCAGUGGUUUCACAGGACACGUCAGAUGCGGAUUUAGAAUUGCCACAUUAUUCUACCUUUGCUUUCUCCUCUGCUGAAUUAUCACCUCACUCUCUCUCUUCAAGCUCUGGAGAAUAUGGUUCUGCUUCUGCUGCCAGUGAGGUACUCUCUCAGACAACUCAACCAAUCUAUAAUGGUGAGAUACCUCUUCAACCUUCCUACAGUAGUGAAGUGUUUCCUCUAGUCACCCCUUUAUUGUUUGACUCUCAGAUGCUCAACACUACCCCUGCUACAUCAGAUAGUGAUGUGACCUUGCAUGCUACACCUGUAUUUCCCAGUGUUGAUGUGUCAUUUGAACCCACCCUGUCUUCCUAUGAUGAUGUACCUUUGCUUACAUUUUCCUCUGCUUCCUCCAGUAGUAAAAUGUUUCACCGUCUGUACACAGUUUCUCAAAUGUUUCCACAAAGUGCUACUCCAGCUGUUGCAAGUGAUAAGGUGUCCCUGCAUGCUUCUUUGACGUUGGCAGAGGGUGAUACAUUAAUACAGCCAAGCCUUGCUCAAUAUGCUGAUGUGGUGUCACAUCAGACCACUCGCGCUGCUUCAGAGACACUGAUAUUUGGUCAUAAUAGAACUCACAUAUUUUCUGAAGUCGAACCAUCCAGCAGUGAUUUAAAUGUGCAUGUACUAUCUACAAUGUCUGAACAUCCUUAUGCUUUGUCUAGUAAUGCGGGCUCCCUCCAAAGCUUUACUGUUUCUUAUGACUCUGCAGAAUUUGUGCAUGGUUCUGUUGACGUAUUUCAUCAGGAUCCUUUAUUUAGCAGCUAUAACAAUGUACUGGUGCAUAAACCUUCCUCUGUAACAUCACAAGCUGAUACUUGGCUGCAGCCUACACGCUCUCUAUCUAGUGAUAUGGAUUGGUCUGAAGCAUACUCUGGUAGUGAGUCCCUUUUGCCUGACACAGACACUUUGACCGUAAAUAAUGCUUCUUCCUCUGAUUCUGUAGAUGAAAUUACAUAUGAAUCAUCUGGUUUUAGUGAUGUUAAUAAGGUGCUUCAAAAAGGUGGUGUUGUAUAUGGAGAUGAGAAAGAACUGCAAAUUUCUUCUUCUUUAAGAGAAAUGGCUUCCAGUGCUGAAAGUAAAGUGAUACCUGAACUUUCUACAUCUGUUUCUAAUAAUGAUGUAAUUAAGCAGACCACGUCUCUGCAAGAAAGCCUACUUCCUGUUUCUAGCACAAAGGGAAUCCUUCCAGUCUCUCUUGCUUUUCCCACUACUAAGGUAUUUGAUUAUGAUAUUAGUAAACUUACAGAAAAUCGCCUUUCCGUUCAGCCUUUGCAUGUUGCAUCUCCAGCCUCUGAUGACACUUUGCUUAGACCUAUGCUUAGUGCAAUCUCAGAACAAGCUGUCUCUGCCCCUGCUUAUAGUAAAACGUUAUCCUCGACUCAGCCGUACUUUUAUGAGGCCUCAGCUGCAUUAAAUAAUGACGCAUUACUGCAGUCCUCCUUCCAGUCUUCUGGCGAUGGCACUCUGCUUAACACAGCUGCAGUUGUGCCGAGUGAUCCAAUAUUGGCUGAAAGCUCCAGGGUUUAUAAAGAUAGUUCUGCAUUUGACCAAAUAUUGCAUCAAAUGGCACCAGGUUCUGCUACAAAUGAAACUAUGCUGCCUUCUGCAUCUCUACAUUCCAUUGCUGAUAUGUUGUCAAACGCUUUUAGUAAGCCCACAGCGUCACUUCAAGGUUUACCUGUUUCUUAUGCAAGUGAGGAGUAUGUUUCAUCCAGCCUGUUUAACAGUGAAGAUGUUCAGCAGGCUAUGCCUUCAUUGUACAGUAGCGAUGUUUCGUUCCAGCUGACCAGUUUAGAAAAUGCAAAUACCUUUCCCCCCCAAGCAGCAGAUGCAGUAACAACUCCCUUCCUAACAGCUGAUGCAUUACCUCAUGUAGCUACUCCUCCAGACAGCCAUACCUCUGCAAGUGUUUUUGAACGAAGUGAGACUGCCAGUGUCUCUUCAAGUUCUCCACUUGGUUUUGAUCCUGUGCAAAUGCCAGCAGUGGUUUCUGAUUCUGAUGUGUCCAUUCGUCACACCUUUCCUUUACCAAGUGCACAUAUUUCUGUCACAGCUGUUCCUCCCAAAAGUAAGAGCCCUGUAACUUUGAGUAGGUUACUGGUUCCUUCUAGAGAAUCCUCUGGGUUGUCUCCUAGUGUCAUGACCAGUACCGAUUUGUGGCCUUCUGUAGUUGAGGAUGACUACGAUGAGUAUGACGAUGGCUUCCCCAUAAGUAACUGUAUCUCAUGCUCUUCCCAUAGAGAAGAUGAGGAUAUGGUAGUAGAGGAGCAAAAUGCAGAGGUAAACAAUAACAACCUAAUUAUAAGCUCACAUUCUGGGAAACCUGAAGAAGAAGAGAGAAUUUCGACUGCUGCAUCAGACAGGCAGAUAAACUAUGCCACGGACAGACAUAAUUAUACAUCUGUACCAUCUCUGACAGCAAGUGUGAUACCUGAGAAGCACAGCGACCCGACAUUUUUGGAGAACCAUAUUCAAACUGCUAGUGUCCCAUUGCAAAACACAUCAGAGUCUAAGUCUUGGGCUGUUUUUACAAGUGAUGAAGAAAGUGGUUCUGGCCAAGGUACCUCAGAUAGCCUUAAUGAUAAUGAAACAUCAACAGAUUUCAGUUUUCCUGACCUUAAUGAGAGAGACACUGAAGGGGCAGUUGAAGCAGGUAACUCAGAAUUAACUCCUGGAUCAUCACAGUCAUCAGCCUCAUCUGUAUCUAGCGAUCACUCAUCAGUAUUCAACACCUCUGAGGCAGAGGCAAGUAAUAGUAGCCAUGAGUCUCGUAUUGGUCUAGCUGAGAGUCUGGAAUCAGAGAAGAAGACAGUUAUACCACUUGUGGUCGUAUCCGCCCUGACUUUUAUCUGUCUAGUGAUUCUUGUGGGUAUUCUCAUAUACUGGAGGAAAUGUUUCCAGACUGCUCACUUUUAUUUGGAAGAUAACACGUCACCUCGAGUGAUUUCUGCUCCCCCUGCUCCAGUCUUCCCAGUCUCAGAUGAUGUUGGAGCAAUUCCAAUAAAGCAUUUUCCAAAACAUGUUGCAGAUUUACAUGCAAGUAAUGGUUUUUCUGAAGAAUUUGAGACACUGAAAGAGUUUUAUCAGGAAAUCCAGAGCUGUACUGUAGAUCUAGGUAUUACGUCAGACAGCUCUAAUCACCCUGACAACAAGAAUAAGAAUCGAUACAUAAACAUUGUUGCUUAUGAUCAUACCAGGGUUAAACUAGCACAGCUUGCAGAGAAGGAUGGAAAACUGACUGAUUACAUUAAUGCCAACUAUGUUGAUGGCUACAACAAGCCAAAAGCCUACAUUGCAGCUCAAGGGCCACUAAAAUCAACAGCAGAAGAUUUCUGGAGAAUGAUAUGGGAACAUAACGUAGAAGUUAUUGUGAUGAUAACUAAUCUCCUUGAGAAAGGAAGGAGAAAGUGUGACCAGUACUGGCCUGCUGAAGGUAGUGAAGAAUACGGGAACUUCUUGGUUACUCAGAAGAGUGUCCAUGUACUUGCCUAUUACACUGUGAGGAAUUUUACUCUUAGGAACACAAAGAUCAAAAAGGGUUCCCAGAAAGGGAGGUCUAGUGGACGUGUAGUAACUCAGUACCAUUAUACCCAGUGGCCUGACAUGGGUGUUCCAGAGUACACGCUGCCCGUGCUCACCUUCGUGCGGAAGGCAUCGCAUGCCAAGCGCCAUGCUGUGGGGCCGGUUGUGGUUCAUUGCAGCGCUGGUGUUGGAAGGACAGGCACUUACAUAGUGUUAGACAGCAUGCUGCAGCAAAUUCAGCAUGAGGGGACAGUCAACAUAUUUGGAUUCUUAAAACACAUACGUACCCAAAGGAACUAUUUGGUGCAGACUGAGGAGCAAUACAUCUUCAUUCACGAUGCACUGGUUGAAGCAAUUCUCAGUAAAGAAACAGAAGUCCUUGAGACUCAUAUUCACGCCUAUGUUAAUGCACUCUUGAUACCUGGACCGACAGGAAAGACCCGGCUGGAGAAGCAAUUCAAGUUACUGAGCCAGUCUAACACACAGCAGUGUGAUUAUUCAACUGCACUCAAACAGUGUAACAGGGAAAAGAAUCGAACUUCAUCCAUCAUUCCUGUGGAAAGAUCUAGAGUGGGCAUCUCAUCACUGUCUGGUGAAGGCACAGACUACAUCAAUGCUUCCUAUAUUAUGGGCUACUAUCAAAGCAAUGAAUUCAUUAUUACCCAGCAUCCCUUGCUACACACUAUCAAGGAUUUCUGGAGAAUGAUAUGGGACCAUAAUGCCCAGCUAAUAGUCAUGCUCCCUGAUAGCCAGAAUAUGGCUGAAGAUGAAUUUGUGUACUGGCCAAACAAAGACGAGCCUAUAAACUGUGAGACUUUCAAAGUUACUAUGAUUGCUGAAGAACACAAGUGUCUGUCUAAUGAGGAAAAGCUCAUAAUCCAAGACUUUAUUUUAGAAGCUACACAGGAUGACUAUGUACUCGAAGUGAGGCAUUUUCAGUGUCCAAAAUGGCCAAAUCCUGAUAGUCCUAUUAGCAAAACCUUUGAACUGAUCAGCAUCAUCAAAGAGGAGACGUCCAACCGUGAUGGACCCAUGAUUGUACAUGAUGAGCACGGAGGGGUGACAGCAGGCACUUUCUGUGCUUUGACAACACUCAUGCAUCAACUGGAAAAUGAGAACUCAGUGGAUGUUUACCACGUAGCAAAGAUGAUAAAUUUGAUGAGGCCUGGAGUCUUUACAGACAUUGAACAGUACCAGUUUCUGUACAAAGCGAUUCUCAGCCUUGUCAGCACAAGGCAAGAGGAAAACCCUUCAGCAUCUAUGGACAGUAAUGGCUCAGCUUUGCCAGAUGGAAAUGCAGCUGAAAGUUUAGAAUCUUUAGUUUAAGUAACAAAGCAAAUUGAACACACAAACACUUGCACCACAUCAAUCACAUCUGGAGUUUACCAUUAUUCUUUUCAGUUUUAUACUCAGUGGGGGGAAAUCUGUCCAGUUCCUCUCUACAUAAUCAAUCCCCAACUCUUGUUCCACCAAAGUCAUUUCUGUGACAUAUGACUUUACCGAGGAACUUUUAUCAUUAACAAUGUGUGCCUUUUCUUGAACGAUUUCUUGUAAUACAUUGUUCUGUCUGGACUAACUUGAUUGACUUUUACAGUGUUUCUAAGAAUUGAAUUGUGGUACGUUUUUUCAGUAUUAGUUUUUGAUUUAUCUGGCUUUACUUUUAACUUAAAAUUAUCAUAUUUAUAGGUAUUAGGGGUUUCUCAAUUACAAACAAAUGUCAUGGUUUUAGUAUUUGAUUUAUUUGCUGUAUUUAUAACAAUCUGCAUUUGCUAGAAAUACAACUUUUAAUAUAGUAGAAUGUAAAUAAAAUACUGCUCUCCAUAACAUGCCCCAUUUUAAGACUUCAAUUAGACAUUUAGCAUAGUAAUCUGAUACUUACUGUAAAUACUGCUACUUCUAUAGUGAUUCCAUGGACCAAAUUUAUAUUUAUAAUUGUAGAUUUUUAUAUUUUACUACAGAGUCAGUUUUCUAGUUCUGUGUAAUUGCCUUGUUAAAAUGAUGUAGUCCAGUAUGUUUUUAUUUUAACAAAGUCUUCUGAUAUAUAAUUGUGCAUAUUAAGCAAUUAACCUUCAUAUAGCUGCAUGUGAUUUUAACCUUUUGUGAGGAAUAGAAAUCAUUUGUUUUGAAAUGAGAAGUUUUUAUGAGAAUAACACCAGUACUUGGCAUUGUUAAAUUGUUUUUA